UUAUAAAUUCUUCAACAGCUGAUUUGAUCAUUGUAGAGAAUGUCGAGUUUAUUGGUUUUACGUGCGUUAAGAAUUUGUAUAAAUCAAAACCAUGGACGAAAUUUAUAUAAACUAAAUUUCGGAAGACAAUUGUCACAUUUCCAUAGGUCGAUAAAUUCAACAUCCUCAUUUCCUCAAGUACUGUCAACACACAGAUCAUUUGCGUCUACAACCGAAAGCAAGAAUGACACAAACGCAACUUUGGUGGAUAACAACACAUAUGAGCGAGUUUGCUCCGAGACUCUAGACGCGCUAUGUGAUUACUUUGAAGAACUUACAGAGAAUGCUCAAAAUUUAUCAACCUGCGACGUUACCUAUGGAGAUGGCGUACUUACUGUUAAAUUUGGUAAUGAGUAUGGCACCUAUGUUAUAAAUCGUCAGACACCUAACAAACAGAUUUGGCUUAGUUCUCCCACAAGUGGACCCAAACGUUAUGAUUUCGUAUCAACUGAAGGGCAGUUGGGUCGAUGGAUCUACAAACAUAGCGGCGAAUGUUUACAUGACCUUUUGCAAAGAGAAUUAAGGAAAAUACUGAAAGAACAAGACUUUGACUUUUCCCAGCUUCCUUACGGGAAAUAAAAACUAAAACAGCGAUGUACUAAUGAGAUCUAUUUAUUUGAAAGAAUUCUACGUAAUGUGGUUGUGGGAUACUUUGAGUUCAUUUGACUCUCUUAACAAUUUCCUCCAAAAGUUUAUUUUGUACAUCUAAAGCUCGUUCUUGUAAUAAAAGUGUUUGCCUCAACAA